GGAUGGGGCUCAGUCUGGUUCGUCUCCACCACUGGGAGGAAAAUGGAUGUGGAGAAGGGUCGCCGUAAGUCCAGGGGUCUGAGCACCCUGGAAGCUUGUCUCAUAUUUCUGUUUGUGGCGAUGACUGGGGCCUGCAUUGGCCUCGUGGUCGUCUACUUCGUUGACAAAGAUGACUCUGCUCCUCAUAUAGAAGGGCCCAGCUCUGGGUGUGGUGGUCCUCAGGAGCUGACCGGAGAAUCAGGCACCUUCACCAGCUUCAACUACCCCAACAGCUACGACAACGGCAAAAGCUGCACUUGGCAGAUCACCGUGGACCCUGACAAGGUGAUCCAUCUGUGGUUUGAGGAAUUUGCUUUGGAGGACACCCAGCAAUGCACGGGAGACUUGGUCACACUGCGAGAUUCACUGGGAAUCAUCGGUAAAUACUGUGGCUACAGCAAACCAAAACCGCUGGUGUCUCUGACAAACCACCUCACCGUCUACUUCGACACCAACGACAGGAAAACCGACCAAGGAUUCAAGGCUCAUUACAAAGCAGUGUCUCCGGAGCUGGCAACAGAAAUAGCCGGAGCCGGUGGCUUUCUCCAAGGUGAUAUGGGGAAACUGAUGACCCCCGGCUUCCCGGAGCAGAACUACCCGAACGGAGCUCUUUACCAGUGGAGAAUCACAGUGCCCGAAGGCGAGAAGGUUCGAUUGACGUUUACGUCCUUUGACUUGGUCCCUGAGGUCUGUGGAGACUUUGUUGAGGUCUAUGAUGGCCACAAGGCUGGUUCUUCUUCAGGAGGUAAACUAUGCGGGGGAACGAUGCCAAAGCCGGUGGAGUCGAGCAGCAACACCAUGGUUGUCCGCUUCAAAUCUGACAACAGUUUGACUUCUAAAGGAUUCAGCGCAACUUACACAAAGUCCAGCCUUCCACCUGUUGUUAUUCCCACCACAACGCCACCAACCACACCCAGACCCACCACACAAACCACUAGACCUCCCACUACUACUGGAAGUGGCGGUCCAGUGAUCGUCCAGGGGCGCAAAGGAGUCAUCCAGUCCUCGGGUUUCCCAAAUCCAUAUCCUGCUCAUUUGCAUAGUUCCUGGAAGAUAUCAGUGUCGAAAGGAUUCCUGAUUAAACUGCAGAUCACUGACAUGGCCAUUCCUGGAGAGAUGGGAGCGUGCAAGGAGGACAAACUGGUCAUCUCGGAUAAUUACAGCACUCUGGGAACACACUGUGGCUACUUGCUUCCCCCUGUGGUGGUCAGCGCCAGCGACACAAUGUCUGUCACCUUCCAGUCCGAUGGUCGACUCACAGACCGAGGAUUCUCUGCCAGGUGGGAGGCUGUGUAUCCUGAGGAUAUCACAGACAUCCAGGGCUGUGGCUUCUCUUCCCAAGAGGAAACUGGUAUUAUCAGGUCCCAGAACUGGCCUAUGAACUACAAGGCCAACACUGAGUGCAUGUGGAACGUUGCUGUGCCUUUGGGGAAGAAAAUCACUCUGGAGUUCACCGACUUUGACCUCGAAGCUAAAGAUUUCCUGACGUCCAAAUGCUAUGACAACAUCAUGGUGUACGACAUCAAUGGUAUCACUAAUGCACUGCUGCAGACGCACGGUCCAUUUUGUGGGACUAAGCUACCAGCUAGCAUCCAGACAAAAGGCACCAGGCUGCUGAUUCGUUUCCACACAGACUUGUUUACUGAGGCUAAAGGCUUCAGGGCCUACUGGACCACAAACCCCAGCCUGCCUGCUCCCACCGACCCACCAGUUCAGCCCAACCCCUGGGACGACAUCCCCAUAGACUGGCCCAGUCCAUGUGGGAAACCAGCCAUUCCUCCAUCUGUUGUGUCGCGCAUUGUCAACGGAGAGCCGGCCGUGCCACACUCCUGGCCCUGGCAGGUGUCCAUGCAGGUGUGGCCUGACAGCCAACCAGAACCUAAAUUCUCCCAUACCUGUGGUGGUACUCUUAUUCAUAAGAACUGGGUACUUACAGCAGCUCACUGUUUCAUGAGAUAUGCUGAUGAGCUGCAUCGCUGGCGCAUGUGCCUUGGCAAGCACAACCUGACCUACACAGAGCCCAGUGAAUCCUGCUACGGUGUGUCUGCCAUCUAUCGCCACGAGGGCUUCAAGUAUCCCACGGUGCCCACGGUGGAGUUUGACAUUGCCCUGGUCAGGCUGAACGUGGAGGUGAAACCCUCCGAUGAGAUAUCAUAUGCCUGCCUUCCCUCCGAGGAGGAAGUCUUACCCGGGGGCAAGAAGUGCUACGCCACCGGCUGGGGAGAUGAGACCGGUGAUUCACUUAAUCCUAAAGCCGCAGAGGAGCUUAACCAGGUUGCCCUGCCUGUUGUGCCCUUCGACACUUGCAAGAGGAUGGACUACUGGUGGUUCCAGGUCAAAAGCUCCAUGAUCUGCUGCGGCUACACGCUGCCUGAUGAGCUCAAGUCUGUUUGUCAGGGAGAUUCAGGCGGUCCACUGGUUUGCCAGGAUUCAGCUGGUGCUCCUUGGGAAGUUCAUGGUAUAACCAGCUUUGGCCCUGUAGGAUGCAUUAUGGAUAAGAAGCCCUCCGUGUUCACCCGCUCCUCCGCCUACAUCCCCUGGAUCUCCAAUGUCAUCCGCAGGGACAUGUACAACGAGCACACAUCUGGUUGUGGAGGGCCAAAGGACCUGAUUGGUACAAGUGGCUCUCUGUCCACUAUGGGUUUCCCUGGCGGCUACGACAACAACGCUCGCUGCCAGUGGAACAUCCAGGUCCCUGUGGGAAAACUGGUCCACCUUCAUUUCCAAAAUUUCUCUCUGGAGGAGAGCCAGAUGUGCCUAAAUGACAAAGUCACCCUCACAGACACAGUGGGGAGUCUAGGCACCCACUGCAGUCACGUUCUGCCUAAAGAUGUGGUGAGCCAAGGAAAUGUACUUCACAUGAGCUUCUCCUCCAACGACAAGACAGUUGACACCGGCUUCGCUGCGACCUGGAAGGCGGUGGAUCCCGUAGAGGCUCCUUGUGGAGGAAGUUUCAGCAGUGAGCGAGGGGAAAUCGUUUCUCCUAACUGGCCUAACGACUACGACGCUCAGAGUGCGUGCACAUGGCACAUUAAUGUUCCUUCAGCAAAAAUGAUCCACGUAGUGUUCACUCACUUUGAACUGCAAGCAGUAAACGUGUUGGGAAAUUGUGUGGACUAUGUGGAGAUCUUCAGUGGCGAGAGCAUGACAUCACUAGGUCGAUUUUGUGGCUUUGCCCCUCCAUCCCCCAUCAACGUUCCUAGUAACACAGUCGUCAUCCGCUUCAUCAGCAACGGAGCCGAUCAACAGAGCGGUUUUCGUGGUUACUGGACCACUGAUGCCAGUGUUAUCCCCACUUUACCUCCUUCACCUUCUAACCCAUGGGACGACAUCAUCAUCGACUGGCCAAAAGACUGCGGCAACCCAGAAGUGAAACCCAACACAGCCACCACAAGGGUGGUGAAUGGGGUAGAGGCGAUCCCCCACUCCUGGCCUUGGCAGGUCUCCAUGCAGGCUACACCAAUGCUUCCCAUUCCUUAUAUGCAUGGCUGUGGAGGCUCUUUGAUUCACGAGGAAUGGAUCCUAACUGCUGCUCACUGUUUCAUGUUCCCGCUGAAUGUACCGUCCUUUUGGCGCAUGUGUCUGGGGAAGCACCACAUGAACUCGUCCAUGGACGUUCCCUCAGCAGAGGAGUGCUACAAGGUGGACCGCAUCAUCCGCCACGAGGGGUUUGUCUAUGAGCAGGAUAACACUGACAUCACCAACGACAUUGCCCUGGUGCAUUUGGUCGAGCCGGUCAAUAUGACGAGGGAGAUCAGCCCCAUCUGUCUGCCGAAACCCGAGAUCGUGGUGCCUGCUGGGACACCGUGCUUCGUCACCGGUUGGGGAGACGAGAAAGGUAACCUGUUUCCCGUAGUGUCUGAGAAGCUAAAUCAGGCAGCCCUUCCUGUUAUUGACUUCCAGACCUGCAGUAAGCCUGCUUACUGGUGGGACACCCUCAGGCCCUCCAUGAUCUGCGCUGGAUACGAGUCCCCAGAUGAGCUUAAGUCAGCCUGCCAGGGUGACUCAGGGGGUCCUUUUGCCUGCAAAACUACUUCAGUAAACCCAACCUGGGAAGUACACGGCAUCGUGAGCUUUGGGCCUCAGGGCUGCAUCAAAGACAAGAAACCAUCCGUGUUCACUCGCGUCUCUGCCUUCAGUGACUGGAUUGACGACAACAUUAAGAAGUUUGUUUAUGAAAGUGGCAAACCCGUCUAAAGUGGACAUCUUGAAAUAAAGGUAUUCACAGGGUUCAUUGCUCAUUUAUGUUCUGUUUAUAAGCCGCUACAUCUCUACGUCUUCACUUAUAGUUCACCAUUAAAACUACUAAAUGUAAUAUUAAAGCACCUUUCCUGGCCUCCCAGGGGAGACAUAGUUAAGAGAGAAAACUAAUUUGUAUUUAAUAUUGCCUAUAUUUUGUACAGGAUCCAAGUUAAACAUUGUGCCAAACAUUGUAAGUAAAGAAGUAAAUGCAACAUGUAUAACUGAUUAAAGCAAAAUUUUUCUAUUCAA